AUGGCCAAGCAAAGAAACUGCGCUCACCGGAGAGAAAUCGUAAGAUCGAAAACAGAAGAGUCGAUUGAUGAAAGAAAAAGAAGAGAGCAGAUAAAGAAGGGAAGACACACCGACACGUGGAAUAAAAGGGAAGAGAUACGCUCCCAGAGGAAAGAGAUCAGACAAAGAAUACAAGAAAGAGAAGAAGCCGCAGAAAAAGAGCUGACCACCAGCAGAAACGCCAGACUGGCGCUCAGAAGAAAGAAGAAGAUGCUCAAAGACCUCUACAAAGAAAAAGAGUAA